CUAAUUUACUACUAAUACAGUGUUUUAAUCAGUGAUUUAAAAAAUAUAUCUGCAAAUUUCACAUAUUACGUACUAUUAAAUUCAGUGAUUUCGACAAAUUAUAAACAGUGUUUUCGAAAAUGUUGACAAUCUUCGAAAAAUGCCGAUCGAUUCAUUGUCAAAUACAGUUUUUAUUCUUACUAAUAUGUAUAUCCGCGCUUUUAAAGCCAGCAUGGACACGUCUAAGUGCGGGAGCUGCAUGUUCAAUGCAAUCCAUAACCGGUGUUUGUAGAAAAGUUUCCGAUUGUGAAGAGAUAUAUGAUUAUAUAUAUCGUGGAGAUAUAGAGCCACACCAGGUGUUAAGAUGUGGUUACUCAAGAAAUGAAGAGAUCAUUUGCUGUCCAAGUCCAUCAAGAACGGGUGUAAUUACUACACCAAAUCCACCUCCACUGUCCGUUCCGGUCGUGGAGCGAGCAGCUGUGAAAGCGUGCCGCAUGAUAGAGCAAACUGUAAAUCCGUAUCCAAAUGUACGUGUACUUGGUGGCACAUCAGUACAACUUGGAGAAUUUCCAUAUGUGGUGGGAAUAGGUUAUAGCCGUAUAGGCAGUAACACAGGACCCUACGAUAUCCGUUGUGGAGCCACAUUGAUUGAUGCUAGAUUUGUGCUAACCGCUGCACAUUGUGUAAAUGGAGUAAGAAAUCCUCCUUCAAUAGUCCGCUUGGGUGUAAUCAAUAACAAAGACGACAAGCAAAUCGAAAGUGGUUUAGAAAUUCGAAUUAAAAAAAUUCAUAUACAUCCAGAUUAUACCAGUACCUCAAUAUAUAACGAUAUUGCCUUACUAGAGUUAGAAAAUAGUAUUCAGUUCUCAUAUAGAAUUUAUCCUAUUUGCUUAUAUACCGAAACUGAAGAUCCAACGGAUGAUUCCGUUCUAUAUGUCAUCGGUUGGGGUAUUACUGAUCUAUCAACACGUGCCAGUUCAGAUGUAUUAAUGAAAGCUGCUCUAAGAAUUGUGCCAUUGGAUGCUUGUAAUAAUUCCAUUUAUAGAGAAGGUAUCACAAGCCGAAAUCCAAACGGUGUAAUACAGACUCAAGUGUGUGCAGUAGAUCCGGAAAUAAAGACAAGUUCCUGUCGGGGUGAUUCAGGUGGACCUCUAAGCAUAGUUUUAGAUCCCACUUGGAGAGUGUUUCGAGUACUUGGUAUAAUCUCAGCUGGCUAUAGCUGUGGUACGAAUAUACCGAGUCUAUAUACUCGCGUUGCUGCAUAUUUAGACUUUAUAGAAGAUAUAGUUUGGCCACAUUUAAAAUAAAUUUUUUUUGUAAUAUAAAAUAAUAUAUAAAU